AGACCCGAGCUACGUACGCCCGGCCAGCCCGCUCUCUCCAUUGUGCGCUCAACGGCGGCGCCGCCCCUCGCGCCACAGACCGGGAAAGGGACUGCACCCUCGAUCGACCAGCGCGCACACAUGGACCACGGCCCCAUCGACCCGGACCCCGAGGAGGAGGAGGCGAGCUCCAUGGCCCAGGACUCGGACUACGAGUACGACAGCGACGGCGGCGGCGCGCCGGCCGAGGCGUCGAUCUCGGGGCGGUGGCUCGCCGACCACCACAAGCGGCGGCGCUGGGAGGCGAAGGAGAAGGAGCUGCGCGCGGCCAUGGCCCAGGAGAACACGCAGAAGGAGUCGAAGGCCCUGGGGCUCGCGGCGGCGGCGGGCGCGCGCGCGCCGCGGAACGUCUUCUCGGGCGCGGCGUCCUUCAAGGUGCUCGCGGCGGACCUGCUGGCGCUGCAGCACGACGCCGAGGACGGCGCGGGCGCCGGCGUGCGCAUCGAGGCCGAGGCCGUGGGCGACUCGGUCUACCACUGGUCCGUCCGGCUCUCGCGCUUCGCGGCCGGGAGCCCGGCCCAGAAGUUCCUGGGGCUGCUGGAGCGGGCCCACGGCUACGGCCACGUCGAGCUGGACGUGCGCUUCGCCAUGGACCUGUACCCCUUCUUCCCGCCGGUCGUCCGGCUCGUCCGGCCGCGCGUCGGCGACGACGCGCUGCAGCGGGUCGCGCAGCUGCCGUCCCUGCGGCUGUCGGGCUGGGACUCGGUGCGGGGCAUGGCGCCCGUGCUGCGCGACGUCGCGGCCGUCGUCGCGGCGGAGGUCGCGGCGACGGCGCCGCCGCCCGGCGACGCGCGGAACGACCCCUACGCGACGCACCAGGGCGCCUACGCGCCGCUGGAGCACGUGCUGAUGCGGCUGGGGCUCCUCACGGAGACGCCGCCGCGGCGCCGCGCGCUGGCCGCGCGGGUCGCGGGGCGCGCGAGCCCCGAGCCCGGCGCCGUCCAGCGGGAGAAGCCGUGGCGGCCGGCCGCGGGCGCGCUGGACCCCCUGGCGCCGGCGCCGGCGCCGGCGCCGGCGCCGGCGCCCGCGGCCGCGGGCCCGGGCCGCCGCGCGGACCGCCCGAAGCGGGCCUACUGGGCCGCCGGCACGGGCUACGGCCACGACAACAGCACGACGACGGUCUCGUGGGACGUCGACGCGUACCUCGCGGCGCAGCGCGAGACGGACCGGCUGCUGAGCGAGGCGCUCCGCGAGGUCCGGGGCGCGCUGGACGACACGGGGCGCUGGCCCGGCGACAUGGCCUGCGUCGGCGCGUCGGCGCUCGUGCCGGUGCUCGCCACCUACCUGCGGAACGAGUCGCUCGUGGACGCGUCGCGGCACGCGCCCCUCUACUCCGGCGCGAUGCGGCUGCUGAGCGCGGUCGCGGCGCACGUGCCCGCCUGCCUCGUCGGCGCCGUCGACGACGACGCCGCCGACGGGGACGCGUCGGCGCGCGCGCGGCUCGCCGUGGAGGCGGCGGACGCGGGGCGCCGGCCCGAGGGCGAGUCGCUCUACGGCCUGACGCGCGUGCUCAAGGACCGGCUCCGCAUCUUCGAGCGGGCGACGGCCAAGGAGACGGGCCGGCCGGCGGCGCCGGGCGCGCCCGGCGCGGCGGCGGCGCCGCCGGCCGUGCCGCCGCCGCGCUUCGCGGGCGCGGCGCCGCCGGCGCACGACGACGAGCAGGCCGCCGCGCUCAUGCCGCUCAUCGCCGCGGCCGUCGCGGACGUCGACGCGGCCGUGCGGCGCCUCGCCGGCGGCGCGAAGCGCGCCGCGGCGGCGGCGGCGCCGCCCGCGAAGCGCGUCCGGACCGAGGACACGGCGCCGGGCGCGGACGCCGCGGCGCCAGGCGCGGACGCCGAGGCGGCGUACAAGGCCGCGCUCGGCCCGCUCCAGUACGACGACGCCGACGACGCGGCGCAGUGGCGGCUGCCCGCGGCGGCGGCGCCGCGGCCGCACCCGGCCUUCCGGCGGCGCCUCGCGCAGGAGCACGUCGACGUGAGCCACUCGCUCCCCCUGAACCUGGCGUCGAGCGCGUGGUGCCGCUGCCACCCGUCGCGCAUGGACGCGCUGCGCGUGGCCAUCUCGGCGCCCGAGGGCACGCCCUACGCCGCGGGCGUCUUCGUCUUCGACGUGCGCUUCCCGCCGAGCUUCCCCGCGGCGCCGCCGAGCGUGACCAUGCUCACGACGGGCCGGGGCACCGUGCGCUUCAACCCGAACCUCUACGAGUGCGGCAAGGUCUGCCUGAGCCUGCUGGGCACGUGGGAGGGCAAGGGCGGCGAGACGUGGAACGCCGAGACGUCGACGCUGCUGCAGGUCCUCGUGUCGAUCCAGGCCCUGAUCUUCGUGAGCGACCCGUACUACAACGAGCCCGGCUUCGAGGCCCAGAUGGGCACGCCCGUCGGCGACCACCGCGCGGCCAAGUACGCCGCGACCGUGCGCGAGCACUGCGUGCGCUGGGCCAUGAUCGACCAGCUCCGGAACCCGGCGCCCGAGUUCCGCGAGGUCGUCCGGCUGCACUUCGCGCACCGCCGCGACUUCGUGCUCGCGGACCUCGACGCGGCCAUCGCCGACGCGACGCGCCGCGAGGCGGCGCCGGCGCCGGCGGCCCCGGGACCCCCGCGAGGCGUCGCCGGGGGCCCCGCGCCGCACGAGCCCCAGUUCUGGCGCCAUCACCGGGCGACGCUCACGGAGCUGCGCCAGGACCUCCAGCGGCUCCUCGACGCGCCGCCCGCGCCCGCCCCGGCGCCCGCCGCCCCCGCCCCCGCCCCCGCCGCCCCGGCCUAA